AGCUUCGUAACAGAGACAGUAAACUGGUGGGUUGUGGGUUUGAUUUGCAAAGAAAGGAGAGGUUAAAGAGAAAGCUUAAGUUUGUCGUCAGUGCGGAGUUAUCCAAGUCUUUCUCUGCGAACUUGGGUUUGGACUCUAAGAUUGGCAUGAUUUCUGUGACUUGGAAACUUUUACUCGUGAAUAUUUGAUGUUGCCCGUAUUGAAACUCUUGGAUCAGCUAAUGGGUUUUUAUACUGAGUAUUAUGACCGAACUUCAAUUUUUGAUUCGCACUUCAUGUAAUUUCUCAAUUGGAAUUAAUUUAAAACCCGCUGAGUAGUGAGAACCAUGCUUGUUGAAUUCAAAAUUUCAAUGAGCUUGGUACUGUAACUAGUUAAUUGUACUCUUAAGUAGAUAAUUGUGAUUGAAACAACAAUGUUGUUAAGUUAUUUUGUCUUUGAAAGUGAGAGAGAUUUGCUAGGAAAAAACUAAAGAAGAGCUUCUGGGCAUAAUUAUCUGUUUUUCCUUCUUUCCAACAACCAAUCUGGGCUUUAAACAUAGUUAUAGACAUGAAAUAGCAAACCUGUAUGAUUAGUCAAAAUUAGACGUUUUAGUGAACUCGUUACAUCCCCAUAAAACUAUGGAAACUAUUGUAUCGAGUUUAUUCACAAUAAAUGCGUUUUCUAGCAUUUGACUCCGUACCACUGAAAGGUUUAGUGUACACUUGAACUUAAAAGAUAACCUAAUAAGGCGAAAUAAUGCUUGGAUAAUGAUAAUGGGUUUACACGGAUCUUUUUGGGUUGAAAGCACACAUCAAAAUGACAUUGAUGUAAAUUGACAAGGUAACAUUUCCAUUUUUUCAUCAGAAGAGGUGUAUCCUUUGAGCUAGGGCAAGGCCCAUCAUCAGAAGCUGUCAAAUUAGAGAAACUGAGUUUGAAAACUUAAUUGUGGGAUUGAAUAAAGGAAGUGGCCACUAACAUUCUGCUCCCUUUUUCAGCUGUUCUUACUCUCACAAUCUUGUUUUCUUAGUGCUCAUGGUUAUCCACUUACAUGUUACUUUCACAUCCUACCUGAUGUUGCUAUUUCCCUUUUUAUCAAUUUAUCUGCAUCAACAAGAAUAAUUUUUCUCAUUUUCUAGGUAUGUUGUAUUAUUUCCACUUUGUGUGUUUUGGUUCUUACUUAUUUUCUAUCUAAUAUGUAUGGUUGAUAUAAAAGAUGGUGAUUUAGGGUCUGUUUGGGAAUGCCGUGACUUUUAGUUGUGGCUGUGGCUUCUCAAAAGCUACAAAUUGUAGCUUCUGAAAAUGACUGUAAAGUCAUGUGUGGAAGGGGUUGUGAUAUUAGCUUUUAAGUAUUACCAAACACUUUGGAAUUUUACCUUUGAAUAAAAAGCCAUGGAAUGUAAACAAAAGCCAAAAGCUAGUGAUUCCCAAACGGGCACUUAAUGAUUUAGGAAAGAUAUCCAUAUGAUAGACUGACAUGUAUAUAUAUUUGAUUAGAAGAUCGGUCAGUCUCAUGAUCCAUCACAGCUGCCCUGGAUUGGUCCAGUUCCCGGGGACAUUGCUGAAGUCGAGGCUUAUUGUAGAAUAUUUAGAGCAGCUGAACAGCUUCAUGCUGCAUUGAUGGAUACAUUGUGCAAUCCAUUGACUGGAGAGUGUAAAAUUUCUUAUGAUUUUACACCAGAGGAAAAGCCAUUGUUGGAAGAUAAAAUAGUAUCUGUGCUUGGCAGCAUCCUUUCGCUUUUGAAUAAAGGAAGAGAAGAUGUUCUUUCUGGAAGAUCUUCCAUCAUGAGUUCCUUUCGGGGUGCAGAAGUAAGUGCAAUGGAGGAUAAACUUCCACCUCUAGCCAUUUUCAGGAGUGAGAUGAAAAGGUGCUGUGAGAGUUUGCAUGUUGCUCUUGAAAACUAUUUGGCACCUGACUAUGAUCGAAGCCUGGAUGUAUGGAGGAAACUGCAGAGGUUGAAGAAUGUAUGUUAUGAUUCUGGUUUUCCCCGGCUUGAUGAUUGUCCUUGUCAUAUGCUGUUUGCAAAUUGGAAUGCAGUUUAUUUAUCCACUUCUAAAGAAGAUCUAAUGUCCAAAAAUUCUGAGGCUGCAUUUUGGAGGGGUGGGCAGGUAACAGAGGAAGGUCUAAAGUGGUUACUGGAGAGAGGAUUCAAGACCAUUGUAGAUCUUAGGGCGGAAAUUAUUAAGGAUAACUUGUAUGAAGCAGAGGUAGCUGAUGCUAUUGCAGCUGGGAAGGUUGAAUUGAUUAAAAUUCCUGUUGAAGUUAGGACAGCACCUUCAAUGGAGCAGGUUGAAAAGUUUGCUUCUUUGGUUUCAGAUUUCAGCAAAAAGCCCAUCUAUCUCCACAGCAAGGAAGGAGUAUGGAGAACUUCUGCUAUGGUCUCCAGAUGGAGGCAGUAUAUGACUCGCAGUGCAUCUCAGAUUACCACUCAGAGAGAUGUGGGAAGUAGGCCGGGACCUUCCAUCAUCAUUAGAGGGGGGUCCCUCUCAGGACAGGAAAAUGGAUCUCUGCCAGAGGCUUUGGAUAAAGAUCAUGGUUCAAAUGGAGCGUCUAAUGAAGUUGUCUCUCCAAAGGAUGAAAACGGUCAGAGCAUUAACGGGGCAUACAAUGACCAUGCUUCUGUUCAGGGUUCUAUUCCAUUAGAAAUGGUAGAUAAUGGGGUCGGAUUCUCAGCAAAUAUCUCCAUGGAAGCUGACCCUCUGAAGGCUCAGGUCCCUCCUUACGAUUUCUUUUCCAAAGCAGAGAUGUCCAGAUUUUUCCAAACUAAAAAAAUCACACCUCCAACAUACUCUAAGUAUCAGUUGAAAGGGUUUGAAAAGUUGCUUGUUUCUAGAAAGACAGGUGUUGUGACAGUCCCAAAAGUUGAUGGUAUUGAUCCCGAGUUAGGGUUCGUGGAGGCAAAAAGAUCCUAUGGAUUAGUAAGAGGUAAAAAUGCAUCUCCAAAGCCUCAGAGCUCACCUGCUGACAGUGCCAAGCAUCUGAAUGGCAGUAGUAAUACUUCUGCUGGUUCAGGCAAUGGUGUUGUUUCCUCAGCCUCCAGUGAUGAUGACAUGUGCACUAUUGAAGGAAACAUGUGUGCUUCUGCAACUGGUGUUGUGAGGGUGCAGUCAAGAAGGAAAGCAGAGAUGUUUCUAGUGCGGACAGAUGGAUUCUCUUGUACCAGAGAGCAGGUAACAGAAUCUUCCUUGGCCUUCACUCAUCCUAGCACCCAGCAACAGAUGCUUAUGUGGAAAACUACGCCAAAGACAGUAUUGUUGCUGAAGAAGCUGGGGAAAGAACUCAUGGAAGAAGCAAAAGAGGUUGCCUCCUUCUUGUAUCACCAAGAGAAAAUGAAUGUUCUUGUUGAACCUGAUGUUCAUGACAUAUUUGCUAGAAUUCCAGGGUUUGGAUUUGUUCAGACCUUUUAUAGUCAAGAUACCAGUGAUCUUCAUGAGAGGGUUGAUUUUGUGGCAUGCCUGGGGGGAGAUGGGGUUAUACUACAUGCAUCAAAUUUAUUUCGAGGGGCGGUUCCACCUGUUGUGUCCUUCAACCUUGGAUCUCUUGGAUUUCUGACUUCUCAUUAUUUUGAAGACUACAGGCAGGACUUGAGACAGGUUAUUCAUGGGAAUAAGACCUUGGACGGUGUUUAUAUAACUCUUAGAAUGCGCCUCCGGUGCGAAAUUUUUCGCAAUGGUAAAGCAGUGCCUGGGAAAGUUUUUGAUGUCUUAAAUGAGGUGGUAGUUGAUCGGGGUUCUAAUCCAUAUCUUUCUAAGAUUGAAUGCUAUGAACAUGACCGACUUAUAACCAAGGUGCAAGGUGAUGGAGUCAUAGUGGCCACACCUACAGGAAGCACUGCUUAUUCCACAGCCGCAGGAGGUUCCAUGGUGCAUCCAAAUGUUCCUUGCAUGCUGUUUACCCCUAUCUGCCCGCAUUCUCUGUCAUUUAGGCCAGUCAUCCUUCCAGAUUCUGCAAGACUUGAAUUGAAGAUUCCAGAGGAUGCUCGAAGUAAUGCAUGGGUCUCUUUUGAUGGGAAGAGGAGGCAGCAACUCUCAAGAGGGGAUUCGGUCCGGAUAUCUAUGAGCCAGCACCCGCUUCCAACAGUCAACAAAUCUGAUCAAACAGGUGAUUGGUUUCACAGCUUGAUCCGCUGUCUAAACUGGAAUGAGAGACUAGAUCAGAAGGCCCUUUGAAGCUCAGAAACUGAAGAGAAACCUGCUCCAUUUUCAACCCAGGAUCGAGGUUUGUGUAAAUUUCUAUACAGAUUGUAAAUUAGGCUACUAAAGAAAAUUGAACAUACAGUGAGUAAAUACUAUUCAUUAGUCAUUACAAACAUUGGCUCCCACAUGAGGAUAGGGCUUGCCAUUUUCUUCUUCUUGUUCUUGUCGAUAAUGAUAAUGCAAGUAUAUACUAUGAAUGACUAUUGGCAAUAGAAACAUAACCUUUCAGCUUUGGCUGGACCUACAA